GAAAAGUGAAAAUUGAAUUCUAGAUUGAUUUAUUCUUUCUCUUUUGAAAUCAUCAUGUCCAAGCGUGCCCUCGCCAAGAAGCCUGUUGAAGCUGUUACUCUCGGUCCUCAAGUCCGUGAAGGUGAACUCGUUUUCGGUGUUGCUCACAUCUUCGCCUCUUUCAACGAUACCUUUGUCCAUGUCACUGAUCUUUCUGGUCGUGAAACCAUCUCUCGUGUCACUGGUGGUAUGAAGGUCAAGGCUGAUCGUGAUGAAUCUUCUCCUUAUGCUGCCAUGUUGGCUGCUCAAGAUGUUGCUGCCAAGUGCAAGGAAUUGGGUAUCAAUGCUCUCCAUGUCAAGAUCCGUGCUACUGGUGGUACUGGUGUCAAGACCCCUGGUCCCGGUGGUCAAAGUGCUCUCCGUGCUCUUGCUCGUGCUGGUAUGCGUAUUGGUCGUAUCGAAGAUACUACUCCUAUCCCUACUGAUAGCACCAGAAGAAAGGGUGGUCGCCGUGGUCGUCGUCUCUAAAUUUGUUGGCUACAUAUUUUAUCAUCAUUCUUUAGUUUAUAUCAUUGAAAUAAAGAAUUCCAUUUGAUCAUAUA